UUUUUAGCUUUCAAAUAACAUUUGGUUAUUGCUGAGUGUCAAAAGAUGUUCAAAGGAUUUAUUUUAUUAACGACUAUUUUACCAUUAGCAUAUGGUAUAUGGUGGGCCAACGGAACACCAUAUUAUGGAAAUUGUGAUUCGCAUGUAGAGUGCCCUAAUGAUACUGCCUGUUUGAGGCCAGGCUUUGGCAGCGCUGAUAGCUCGGCACAGAGGAAAUGUUACCGAUGCUUAUGCAUGGAACAGGAACAGUGUUACUUCAAAAGUAGGAGGUUUGUUGCCUGUAAUUGUACAAAUUCCGGGUUCACAGGAUGUCACUGCCAAAGAAACAUUGACAACUGUCAGCCAAAUCCAUGCCAAAAUGAUGGCACGUGUACAGAUGGCAUCAACAACUACACAUGCACGUGUCCAGAAGGAUACUUUGGUCGUGACUGUGAAAGUGUGUUAGUGGAGACAUGUGAAGGCGAUUGGCAGUUGUUCAAAAGUAGCUGUUAUUGGCGCAGUUCAAGUGCUCUUAAUUGGACAGCGGCUGAGGAUGAUUGUGUUGCUAUGGGAGGACAUCUUGUGGAGAUAACAAGUUUUUCAGAGGAAGACUUCGUACAAUCACUUGGCCCAGGAGCAUCUUUCAUUGGAUUAAAUGAUAUAGAAAAUGAAGGCGUGCAUGUCUGGGUUUCAUCAGGAAAUCUCGCGUCAGGAACGUUCACAAACUGGAAAAACGGUCAGCCAGAUAACGUCGAUGGUGGGGAAGACUGUGUUGUAAUGGCCGCUGCAGGACAAUGGUUCGAUGUACCUUGUUCGCUGUCGAGAAUGUACGUCUGUGAACGCCAGACCAUAUUUGUCUAACCAAUGGUAUCGAAUCGACUUUGACAAGGACAAAUGCAAAACUGCAAAAUCGAUAUGUUAUUCUCAACCAGACAACUAAAACAGCUAAAAAAAGAAGAUAAACCACCCAGAGCUUUGAAUAAUUGCAAAAAUCACACAUGCAAGAAAUAAUUAUUAGCAUAUAAUCUGUUUAUUAUUUUUCAAAACACGAAACAUGUAUUUAACGAUGUAUUUUUGGCAAUUUGUUUUCUCCAAUAAAAUGAUUGUUUGAUGAUUAGCUAGUUAACCAAUUAUAAAUAGGGCAUACAAUCAAUAAUAAAAAUAAGUAUAGUAAAUGUGUAAAUUUGAUUCAUUUGUCUACAAUUAAAAACAUGAUUUGUCUACAAUUAAAGCACA